CUUUCAAAAUGCAUCAAAAGUAUAAAUUUUGUAUAAUAAUAAUCAGGGGUUUUUAAUAUAUGCAAUAUUCUUUAAACACCCUAAAAGAAGAUUAAUCUAGCUCAAAAACUACUUAUUUAUAAUUAUAAAUUGACAACAUUAAUUUAUAUCAAUAUACAUAAGGAUUGGCCUAAAAUUUUAAUUGAUAUUAUUCACAAACCAAUCUGGUAUUACUGGUUGUCUAUUAUUAGGUUUAAAUAUAGCCGUAUUACAUUCUUGUUCGUCUUAUUACAUUUUAAAAGGAUAUUUGAGUUUGCGCUGUUGUUAUCUGUCAUUAAUAUAACAUUUUAUCACUUUGAUAAUUAUUGUAACUUGAUAUAAUUAUUAUAUUUAAAUCAUUUAUAAUAUUUAUAAAGACAUUAUUGUUUUUUUAACGCAUCAACUUGUAACUAGGAAUAUAGGGUAGGCGGGAUUAUAAUCUCUCAUCAUAACAUGGCCGCAUCUUACGACGGUAACCAUGGUAACUCCCCACGUUGUUCUAAUGCCGAUAAAGUAGAAAUUCUUCUGAUACAAUACAUUGUAGUCUUAAUACAUCGGUUAAUUUGUAAACAUGUUUACCAAACGAUAUUUAUCAGGUGUAAUUAGAGACUAUAACAAAAAUUGAUACUGUUCUAAGUAAUUUUUGGAUGACUUAGUAUUGUUACACAAAUGUUUGUCGCCGGUUAUAUAAAUAGAUCUAAAUAUUACUAUCGCACUUCGAUAGUGAAGUUUGUUGAGAGACAUUCGAUGUUAAUUUAAACGAAAUAAUGUGGUUGUAUUUACUGUUUAUAUCGAUAGUCCUGUUGCCAGUUAUUUGGAAAUCAAGUUCUUUAGGUAAAAAAUGGAUAAAAUUUUCGAUAUAUAUAGCGUUUUCUUUCGCCGUUACACUUUUAAUACCGAUUUGGUUAUUUAGGCCGAAAGACUACAGAAAUGCAUUACUUCCCUCGGCUGGUUUUCGAGGUUUAUGCAAAAUAUUAGGUCUAAAAUACAGUAUAGAAGGUCAAGAACAUAUUGUUAGAAAUAGCGGCAGCGUUGUUUUGAUAAAUCAUCAAAGUAUAUUAGAUCUAAUAGUUCUGUCGUGCCUAUGGCCAAUUUUACCGAAAUGCACGGUUAUUUCAAAAAAAGAGAUACUUUAUUAUGUUCCUAUUGGAUUGUCUUUUUGGUUGUGUGGAACUAUUUUUAUUGACAGAUCUAAAUCGUCGAAUGCUCAAAAUGCCGUUAACAAAACCGGCGAAAUUAUUAGAAAAACAAAGUCUAGAGUAUUAAUAUUUCCUGAAGGGACAAGAAAUGAUGGUCCCAAACUACUGCCGUUUAAAAAAGGCGCUUUCCAUCUGGCAGUAGCUUCCAAAUGUCCCAUACAACCUGUAGCGGUAUCCAGAUUUACAUUUUUGGGACCAAAUAAAUUUGAAGAAGGGGAAAUUAAAAUUAGAAUCUUGCCUGCCAUACCGACAAAUAAUUGUACAAUAGAAGAUAUUCCCAGGCUUAUUGAAGAGACUUACAAGACUAUGUCGGAUAAUGUAGAUCAGCUUUCAACUACACCUAAUUAAUAUUUAAUAUUUUUUAUAAUUGUAAAUAAAUUAUUUUUUACAAAUUUUUGUUUUUAUUGUCACCUUUUAUAUCCCAAAAUGAAAGUACGAACCAAUAGACCUAUCCGUUCGUGUUUUUUUUUAAUCUCAAACAGUUCUGAUUAGUUUAUGUUUAAUGCUCUAUUCAUAGCUUUGUUUCGAUGAUCAGUUUAGAACCGAUCAAAAGUGUACUUUCAUUGUAGUUCAAGGUUAGUUCAGUUUUAAAUCGCCAGGUACAGUUCAGGGGUCACAACGAUUUCAUUAAUUAUUAAUUACAAAUCAGUAAUAAUAUUUCUGAUUCGAAUGAAUAUAACAAAGCUAUUAUUUUGAAUAUAAAUAAACAUUAUAUUAAUGAUCAAUUCAGUGUGAUUGUAGAUCAAUAUCCAAUUGUAACAAUUAGAUCUAUGAUCUAGAAUUGACACGUGAGCAUAGAACUAAUAAAAAAAAUUUAGAAUCAGAAAAUCGUUCGGUAGGUAUUGAAAAAGGUGAACGUUAUUUUACGUUUUUCAAAUUACUACGUUAUUCUCUAGAAGCUUUUUCAGAAACUAUGAUCCAAUUCAAAUAUUUUUCCAUUAAAAAUUCAUCUCCUUGGAUCGAGUUGAUUUGAUGUUAGGAAAGUGAUCCUGAUCAUUUUCAUUGGAGUCAUGAAACUGAACGAAGUAGUAUACUACAAUGACAAAUGACAGCUAAAGGUUUGUUUAUAUUUUUUCAAUUUACCGACUAUUAACCCCAGAUAUGUAUUAAUGUUUAUACGCAGUGUAAUUAAUAGGAUUCUAAGGUUUGUUAUUUUUGUAUUUAUUAUUAUUAUAGUUUAUAAGUUUAGUUUUGAAUUUAAAAUUUUCACCAAAAACAAAAUAAAAGUCGAGUUGUAGGUUACAAUUUGCUUUACAAUUUAUAUCCCCUAGUUGACAACGUUGCUGAAUCAAACUAAACUUUAUUUCUUAUUUAUAUAUAGUCAUUAUUUAAAAUAAUUCCGGUUUAUUCAAUUGAUACAUCUUAAACGCUCUUUCAUUGGAAAUUACAUGUGCCCAAGGAUGAAAUAAUGCAAAAAUAAAAAACGUAACGAAAUUAAAUUAAAAUUUAUUUUAAAAUAAAUAAACAAAAUUAAAUCUUCUACAAUUAGUUAAAACACAACAUGAGAAUAAAAAUUUAACAAUAAAAAAAAAUUGUUUUUCAAAUAUUGAACACUCAGCUAGUUUUUAAAUUGUUUUUCACGUUAUUUUUUGAGGAAAUUUCAUUGACAUUUUCUGAUAUCAUUUUAUAAGUUUUAUCUAUCAAUUUUGGUAUAUCAUCAGACGUACAACCUUCUGUAGAAACAGCUGGAAGAAUUCUUAUUGUUAUGUGCCCUGAAAAUUGUUAAAAAACCAUCAAUCAACACCCCUAGGACCUCUUCACGUUAUAAACAAUGAGUUAACCUCAAUUUAAAGUUGAUACAUUAAUAAAAUCACGAAACGUUUACAAA